AUGAUUCCACAGCCAUCGUCUGCGGACCCGCUACAAGUGAAGCUUGGGGUCGCACGUCGAGCUUCUCGAGGCUCUCGUAGCUCGGUCGCGCUUGAUAUCAUCCGAAGUGAGGGUGAGCACUAUUGGCAAGCCUACAUUAAGGUCGACGAGUUGUCGGUACGCGAGCCUAAAAGUCGUAUUUCAGCUGCAAAUCUCGAGCAAAGCCAAGGUCUCGAGCUGAACGAUGUUGGAGAGGCUCGUAAAGUUUGUGGGUACAACCGUCUGUCGCCACCUAAGACUGUGCCGGAUUACAUUCUGUUCCUGCAGCAGUUCCUCAACAUGUUCAUGUUACUCCUAUCGACGGCUGCAAUUCUCAGUUUAAUCGCCUACUUCAUCAACACGUCGACAGAGAUGAACCUCUACUUGGCCAUCCUCCUGUUCGCGGUUGUACUUGGUACUUGCACAGCUACAUUUCUUCAAGAACGGUCGACUGGAAAGACAAUGGAUUCAUUCAAGAACAUGCUCCCAGCUCAGAGUACCGUCGUUCGCGACGGUAUCAGCCAAACUAUCCCAGCUGAAGAGUUGGUGGUUGGUGAUCUAGUGUGGGUUCGAAACGGUGACAAGGUUCCAGCAGAUCUGCGAAUUCUUCAAUGCAACAACCUCAAGGUGGAGAACUCUUCUCUAACGGGUGAAUCGGAGCUGAUUACCCUUACAUCGGAUGUUCAGGAUCACUCGGUAGCCCACCUGGAGUGCAAGAACAUAGCAUUCAAUGGCUCGCUAUGCUUCGAUGGAGCUGCGUUGGGUUUGGUGUUGACGAUUGGAGACAAGACCGUUCUCGGCCAAAUCGCCAAGCUAUCAACGUCGGCAGCUCUUCCUGAGACCAACAUGCAGCGUGAAGUUAAGGCUUUUGUUCGGUUUAUUGCGAUACUAGCCUUCGUCAUGGCCAGCAUUCUAUUCAUCCUCGGUGUCGUUCACAAGAACGGAAAGGAUGUUUUGAUCACAUUCGUUGAUGGUUUUCUGGUGAUUCUCGUGGCCAAUGUACCUCAGGGUCUUCACGUCACAGUCACCUCUUUGUUGACAAUUACUGCAGGGCGGUUGGCAGCAAAGAAUGUGUUUGUGAAGCGGUUGGACUGCGUCGAGACACUGGGCUCCAUUUCACUGAUCGCUACCGACAAGACGGGAACGCUAACCAAAAACGUCAUGACCGUCACCGAUGUCUGGACUGGGCGCGAAUUUAUUGCUCAACCAUCCGAGCAAUGCACAGAUAUCGUGCCGGAUAACACGACGGAUUUUCUGACUGGCAUGACGCCCAAAGCUCUUCUAACUCGUGGUGCAGCGCUGUGCAACCGUGCAGCUCCAGACGUAACUCACCCUUCGAGUAUUCAAAUUACCAUUGAUGAGUCCGUGGGUUCUGGAGGUGAGAUGAAAAGUGAGUCACCCGUACGCAGUCCGAAGAUUCGGAGUCCCUCGAUGGUGCGGAGACAACGAACGUUAACUACAACCAGACAGUACACCGGUAACCCAUCGGAUAUCGCGUUGCUUCGCUUUGCGGAUCUCAACUUCUCGGCGGAUAUUACGCGUGACGAGUAUCCACUGAUCUUCGAGAUCCCUUUCAACUCGACCAACAAGUGGCAGCUUGUUAUUGUACCGGCACCAGGUGAGAAAACCACUCAACGUAGCUUCGAUGUUUUCAUGAAAGGUGCUCCCGAAGUGAUCAUCAAGCGAUGCAGCACGUUCAUGUCUGCUACCGGAGAAGAGAUUCCUCUGGAUGAAUCACUGAUAAGUGAAUUUUCCCAUGCAUACGAGACGUUUGGAAGAAAAGGACGACGUGUAAUUGCACUGGCAACGCGGCGCUUUGAGGCUUCUAACAGGCACUUCACGGCUGAAGAGGGAAAUUUUCCCUCGGAGAACCUGUGUUUUGUGGGAAUCACCGCAAUUAUGGACCCUCCACGUGACGAUGUUCCUGAUGCUAUUGCAAAGUGUAAGGCUGCUGGGAUCAAGGUGUUCAUGGUUACUGGUGACCAUCCGUUGACUGGACGGGCCAUAGCUGCGGAAAUUGGACUUCUAAACGAUGACGGGCGUAUCCUCGACUUGCUGGAACCUCCCACUACUAAGAAAUCUGUAAAGUUACCGGACGACUUCGAUACGUACACCGGUGCAGUCGUCCACGGCGGCUUCGUCAAUUUACUGGCAAGCGAAGACUUGAAGGCCAUUCUACGCUUACAUUCGGUUGUGUUUGCUCGGACCACGCCUCAACACAAGCUCCAGAUAGUUAAGGCCAGCCAAGAGAUUGGAGAAUGUGUUGGUGUGACUGGUGAUGGAGUUAAUGACGCGCCUGCUUUGAAGCAGGCGGAUGUGGGUGUUGCGAUGGGAAAGAACGGCAGUGACGUCGCCCGUCAAGCCGCAGAUAUCAUCCUGAUGGACGACAACUUCUCAUCGAUCGUACGCGGCGUCGAACAAGGACGUAUCAUCUUCGAUAACGUCAAGAAGACGAUCGCGUACACGUUGACGCACUUGUGGCCUGAGAUUCUGCCACUAGCUAUCUACCUGGCGCUCGGAAUGCCUACAGGAAUGACAGCGCUUCAGAUUUUGAGUAUUGAUCUUGGAACCGAGCUCGGGCCUGCAGUUUCUAUCGCUCAUGAAGGAGGGGAGCACGACAUCAUGCAGCGUCCGCCUCGUAACAUCAAGAAGGACAAGCUGAUCUCCAAGUCUCUUCUGGUCUACUCGUAUAUCGUCGCGGGAAUGAUCAAUGCUGGUGGCUGUCUGCUCGCUUACGCUGCGGUGUUCUGGCGUUACGAUGUCUCGUUCUCGGACUUGUUCAUGAGCGCAGAGGACUAUUGGAUCAAGAACGCCGAACCACUGUGUGUCACAGACAUCAAGUGUUUCGACGCUAACGAUCAGAUGCGUAUACUGGCAGAAGCCUGUGCGUCGUGGUACAUUGCUCUAGUUACGUGCCAGUUCUUCCACAUCUGGAUGGUCAAGACCCGACGCACUUCGGUGAUCAACGCCGGGAUCUUCAAGAACAUAGUUACCGUGUAUGGUGGAGCGAUCGAGAUUCUGAUCGUUGUGCUGGUCGUGUAUGUUCCUGGCAUCCAAUCGUUCUUCGGAACUGCAACCGUGGACUAUGUGCCGUGGUUGAUUGGCUGUGGCGCUGGUACCAUCACGUGUCUGUACAGCGAAGCCAUUAAGGCUCUGGCUAGACGACAAGUUCCUGGCAAAGAACACCGCCUCGCUCAAUGGGUAUCCUGGUAAUUUACUUCAGUACAGGUUGGUAAUUAUCUCGAUCGAUGCUACCAAUAGAGCUCACAAGUGCAUUACGUUGAACUGUUGGGCUAAAUCAAAUACAAGUUACUCCUUGCAACAUCUCGAA